UGAUAGGCCUCGGUUGCUCGAGCAGCACACUGCUGCAGGGCCACAAGGGGCUCUCCGCAAAUCGAGACCUGGAGCCAGUCGUCACCGCGCGGCACGAUGAGGACACCAGGGGGUUGUCAUCGCUUGGUUGAACAUUCAUCAGGAUUUGCGUUGGCGGAUAGAUUGGCCUUGCGAUGUCCACAUCUGGGAAUGCCAUCACCACUUGCUCGUGAUGUACUCAUCGUUCUGCAUACUCCAUGCUGCUGCGAGCGGAGAGCGGUACCAAAGAACUGCCUGGUAGAGACAGCACAGCAUCCACAUAUCCUGCAACAAUCGAUAAAGAAGUCGCUGCACGAUUCAGCUGCCAAGCCCACAUGCGAACUGUGUGGACGUUGGAGGCAACGGACCCCAAGAGGCCUGACCCCAGCGCGCCACCCCCAGAACCAAGCCAAUGGUUUGUCGCGAUCGCUGCUCCUCGUCGGACGGUCGCUGGCAGAAGUGAGACCCGGAACUGUACGGCUGUACUGUACGGACUGUAAUCGGUUUUGCACAGCCUCGUUUCUUGAUCUUGAUUGCGACGCAACACGAAGCGAGUACGGAGUACGGAGAGCCGCUCCAAGCGAGUCUCUCUUCAGCCAUCACCAGCCAUCACCAGCCAACCGAACAGGGGCCAAGAGCAAACUUGCACCAGCCCGCUCUCAUCACCUCCCGAACACCCAUCCGCCCAGAUCCUCCCUGACAUACAAGACUCGCACUCGCACAACCUGCCCACACGAAGAAAAGAGCUCUGCUUCUGUCUCCAUACCAUUGACACUCGUGAGCACAGUCGAGGGCUAUUCUUAGCUCCCCAGACCCACCCUGCAGGUUUUGGCGCUGAGCCUCCGAUCCAAACAACCUCCACCACAGCAACCGUUUCAAAUACGACCAGCCUCCCGCGACUCUGUAACUCGACGAACAGAGAGUUCCAACAUUGCUAGUCUAGAUUCGAUAUCAGCACACUUUCCCUGUCAAUAUACCUUCGAGCUGUUCG